ACAUUGUACGCCAGAUUUGACACACCUGCCCUUUACUGGUACGCCUAGGUGUUGUAAAUACUGGUUAAUCCCGUUAAGUGAUUUUGAUGGUCAAAUCUGUAAGUAGCCUACAGUAUAGCGAUAAUACGCUAACGUGUAACUGUCGCAGUUUCCUUCUUCGACCCUGCAAUAUUCGCAAAAAAUGCAACGGAUAAUAAAGAUUAGACACAAAUUUCAUUGAUGUCGGAUUGUAAACGUGCAACUGGUGUGAAAAACAACUACAGCUGCACCCCUCAAAACAGUUUUAAACGCGGGUAAGUUCGUUUCUUUUCGUGACUCCGACGGGACACCCUCGGAGACCGAAGAGAAGUCGUACCCCGAACACGCCUGGGAAAACCGCAUCCAUUGGAAACGAGUCGUGAUUGACUGUCUCCCUGAAAACCUCAUCAGCUCGACUGGUUGGAGUUCUUGUCAAUCGUUCCCACGUUUCCGCUCUGAGUGCCUCUGCGAUCCCACCCAUCCACUGUGACUCCAGCAGCUGCCUUGCGGUUGCUCUGCGUAUGGUAACAACGAGGCAGGGAAGUGCGGGAGUCCUUAGUACUGUGUACGCUGCGCUUGUGGAAGCACGGUCAUAUUUUCUUCUCCAUUUCCAGCGUGCAACCGAGGACACGUAGGCUUCGCCCGGUUUUUCCGCGUACUGGCGCGGUUACUUCACCAGAAGGUCAACCUAAUUUUUCAGAGGUUUGGAAAAAGCUCGGGAUUGUCAGUUUCGCUGUGCGUUUUGUUAGCCGUUUCCUCAGCAGUGAUCUGCGAUUCAAUUGAUAAGAUUUUACUGCGCUGUUUAGUUUGUUUAGCAACAGACAAUGGAUUGCCAAAACAUGUGUAAUGUUUUAUAGCGCUUUAUAACGUUAAAUAUAUUAUUUCGAGGGCAAGUUAAUACAGUUAGUUGAUGAACUCGACACAGUGGAUCUUUUUCCUGUUUUCUUUUGUCACUCUUGUGAAGACUUUAUACUCGACCGGACCUGUAGGAUGCACCGGGUGUAAUAGGUUUACAACAAGCUCAGAACAUCUUCAUUAAAUACAAGCCACGAAAUUCAAGCAACUGUUUAAAAGAAACCCAAGAUGUCUAAUCCAACGAAGUUUAAAAAGGAUAAAGAAAUAAUUGCAGAGUAUGAGACUCAAGUGAAAGAGAUCCGGGCUCAGCUGGUGGAGCAGCAGAAAUGUCUGGAGCAGCAGACGGAGAUGAGGGUCCAGCUGCUCCAGGACCUGCAGGACUUCUUCCGGAAGAAAUCGGAGAUCGAGAUGGAGUACUCCCGCAACCUGGAGAAACUGGCCGAGCGCUUCAUGGCCAAGACCCGCAGCACCAAGGACCACCAGCAGUACAAGAAGGACCAGAACCUGCUGUCUCCGGUUAACUGCUGGUACCUGCUCCUGAACCAGGUGAGGAGGGAGAGCAAGGACCACGCCACCCUCAGCGACAUCUACCUGAACAACGUCAUCAUGCGCUUCCUGCAGAUCAGCGAGGACUCCACCCGCCUCCUCAAGAAGAGCAAAGAGAUCACCUUUCAGCUCCAGGAAGACUUGAUGAAGGUCCUCAAUGAGCUCUACACUGUGAUGAAGACCUACCACAUGUACCACACGGAGAGCCUGAGUGCGGAGUGCAAGCUGAAGGAGGCGGAGAAGCAGGAGGAGAAGCAGAUCGGCCGCUCGGCCGACCCCGCCUUCCACAUCCGCGCGGAGGACAAGAACCAGAGGCGCAGCUCCGUCAAGAAGAUCGAGAAGAUGAAGGAGAAGCGGCAGGCCAAGUACUCGGAGAACAAGCUGAAGUCGAUCAAAGCCCGCAAUGAAUACCUCCUCACCCUGGAAGCUACAAAUUCCUCCGUUUUCAAGUAUUACAUUCACGACUUGUCUGACUUAAUUGAUUGCUGUGACCUGGGUUACCACGCCAGCCUGAACCGGGCCCUGCGGACCUACCUCUCGGCCGAGUACAACCUGGAGACCUCGCGGCACGAGGGCCUGGACAUCAUGGAGAACGCCGUGGACAGCCUGGACCCCCGCAGCGACCGCCAGAGGUUCAUGGAGAUGUUCCCCACCGCCUUCUGCCCGCCCGCCAAAUUCGAAUUCCAGUCCCACAUGGGGGACGAGGUGUGUCACAUCACGGCGCAGCCCCCAGUGCAGGCGGAGCUCCUGCUGAGGUUCCAGCAGCUGCAGUCCCGCCUCGCCACGCUCAAGAUAGAGAACGAAGAGGUGAAGAAGACCUCUGAGGCCACGCUGACCACCCUCCAGGACAUGGUGACCAUCGAGGACUACGACGUGUCCGAGUGCUUCCACCACAGCCGCUCCACCGAGUCGGUCAAGUCCACCGUGUCCGAGACCUACCUCAGCAAGCCCAGCAUCGCCAAGCGCCGCGCCAACCAGCAGGAGACCGAGCAGUUCUACUUCAUGAAAUUCCGGGAGUACCUGGAGGGCAGCAAUCUCAUCUCCAAGCUGCAGGCCAAGCAUGACCUGCUGAAGAGGACACUGGGAGAUGGUCACCGCCCCGAGUACAUGACCACCAGCCGUGGACGACGGAACUCGCACAUCCGGCACCAGGACUCCGCACAGGCCAUCCCCCGCGUGGUGGAGAGCUGCAUCCGAUUCAUCAAUCUGUACGGCCUCCAGCACCAGGGUAUUUUCAGAGUGUCGGGGUCACAGGUGGAGGUGAAUGACAUCAAGAACUCAUUUGAAAGAGGAAACGACCCGCUGACGGACGAGGAGAACAACCACGACAUCAACUCCGUGGCCGGGGUGCUCAAGCUGUACUUUCGGGGGCUGGAGAACCCCCUCUUUCCCAAGGAGAGGUUUAACGACCUCCUCUCCUGCAUCAGGAUUGAGAACCUGUACGACAGGGCGCUGUACAUCCGCAAGAUCCUCCUGACUGCCCCCCGAUCCGUCCUCAUUGUGAUGCGCUACCUCUUCGCCUUCCUCAACCACCUGUCCCAGUACAGCGAUGAGAACAUGAUGGACCCCUACAACCUGGCCAUCUGCUUCGGGCCCACCCUCAUGCCCACGCCCGACAUCCAGGACCAGGUGUCCUGUCAGGCGCACGUCAACGAGAUCGUCAAAACCAUCAUCGUCCACCACGAGACCAUCUUCCCCGACGCCAAGGAGCUGGACGGGCCCGUCUACGAGAAGUGCAUGGCCGGGGGAGACUACUGUGACAGCCCCUACAGUGAGCACGGGGCCCUGGAGGAGGUGGACCAGGACGGGGGGACGGAGACCCACACCAGCGAGGACGAGGGCGAGCCCAUCGAGGCCAUCGCCAAGUUCGACUACGCCGGCCGGUCCGCCCGCGAGCUGUCCUUCAAGAAGGGCGCGUCGCUGCUCCUGUACCAGCGGGCGUCGGACGACUGGUGGGAGGGGCGGCACAACGGCAUCGACGGCCUGGUGCCGCACCAGUACAUCGUCGUGCAGGACAUGGACGACACGUUCUCGGACUCCCUGAGUCAGAAGGCGGACAGCGAGGCCAGCAGCGGGCCGCACGCGGAGGAUAAGAGCUCGGGGAAGGACAUGUGCUCCCCCACCGAAAGACUGCCGGACGCCUACGUCAGCAGCAGGCACAGGAAGAGGGCGGAGCCCCCCUCGCGCCGCCCCCCCGGUCGCCCCGGCGACGGUCACUGCAUGCCCCACUCCUCCUCCUCGCACGGCGGCAGCCCCCUGGAGGGCUCGCUGGGGGCGGGACACUUCAGCCCGCGGGACCUGCUGCGGGGGCGGAGCCACGCCCACCUGGACAGCCCCGAGAGGCGGCGGCGGGCGGGGCACGGCAGCCUCACCAACAUCAGCCGCCACGAGUCGCUCCGGAAGACGGAGAGCCCGCCCCUGCGCCGCUCCACCUCCUCCGGCCAGUACAGCGGCUUCGCCCCGCCCCACGCCAAGACCCUGGACCCCGAGACCAUCGCACAGGACAUCGAGGAGACGAUGAACAGCGCCCUGAACGAGCUGAGGGAGCUGGAGCGCCAGGGCUCGGCCAAUCACGCGCCGGACGUGGUGCUGGACACGCUGGAGCAGGUGAAGAACACGCCCUCGCCGGCCGGCUCCUCCGAAUCCCUCAGCCCCCUGACGGCUACGCCCUGCGGGCCCCCGACCCCCACCACCCACACCCUCACCCCCACCCCCACCCCCAUCCGCAUCGUCGCGGCAACGGAGCCGGCCCCUCCUCCUCCUGCUGAGGCCCUCAGCACCUUCAAGCCCACGCUGGCCCCCCGCAUGGGGGUGCAGCUCAAGCCCCCCGCCCUCCGGCCCAAGCCCCUGGUCCUGCCCAAAACCGGCCCUGCCCAGCCGCCCCCACCCCCACCCCACGGGCCCCUGGACAAAUCCUGCACAAUGUGAACCCUGGAACAGCAGCCCACCACUCAAGCAGCAAGCGCCGACUGGAUGGGACUUGAGCAGAGAAACCUAUUAUAACGUAUAUCAAACAAUAAGCAAGCUUGAGAAUCCACAGCUUGCAAUUUGGGGAGAUAAAAAAAUGAAUAUUGAUGUUAUUAACGAUGUGUGUUUUUUGUGAGAUGGUUGAGUAUUCAUUCAGUGUCUAGAAGCUUAAUUGUCUCCUGCAAUUGGCACAUGUAUUAGCAAAAACCUCAGAGAAGGAUUAUAUUAAAUUUCUAUUAUAGACAUCUAUGAAAACAUAUAGGGAGAGGUACUGAUGAUAAAUUAAUUCACCACAAUCAGUAAGUAGAUAAUGAAGAUUCAUUAGGUUGAAAGCAAACAUUUCCUGUUUAUGUAUAACAAAUCACAAAGGCUUCCUUUAAAGGUUAAGAGUAACUUAGAUUGCAGUAAGUAGAGGAUGGUGUUGACUAAAGAAUGCUAAGACAAGGCAGUAUCGGUUUAUUCUCAGUGUUAGUUUACACUUUACAAAGGGAUCUUGGGAAAUGUAGUCUCUGGGUUUUUUGUCUAUCAGUUUAGCUGAAGUGGAACUGGAAUCCUUCCUUCUGUGUGAUUUAUAGUUAUGCUUAGAAGUCCUUUGGCCUUGUUGCCACAUAAAGAUAUAAGAUAAGCUUGUUCUUACUGAGAGGCUGAUAAUGUCUUGUCUGCUCUAAAAAGCUGCUAUUUAGAAGUGCAGAGGCCACAGGGGGUGUUAGACAGAGGGAAAUAGACUUGGCAGCAGUGAGAUUUCUGGUAUUUUUGGGGUUUAUUUUGAGUUAUUCAUUUUGUUCAUUUCAGUUGAUGUAAGAAGAAUGAGAUGAUGCCUCACUUAUUUCUGAUUAACAAAUGUUCCACUAGCAUGCACAAUACAAUGUUUGCGUUAAAUCAGAUUUGUGAGGAAGGAGAAAAGAAAUUUUAACUUUGUUGUUCAAAAUUGGAAUCGACACCUUUCAUGUUACACGAGGCUUCAGUUGUCUCCAAAUGCUUUAUUUAACGUAGCUUUAACGUGCUCUAAGAUUAACAGACUAGGUCUAACAACCUCUGUGGAUGAGCAGGGAGGGGGUGUAACCACUAAAGGAAAAAAAAACUACAUGGAGCAAUUAACUGUAAAGUCUGUAUGCACCAGAAAUGUAACCUCUCAUAGUGUACUGUGUGUGUGAUUGGACUGCCUGGAUGGAGAAAUGCUUUGUCGUUAGCGCACCACAGUGGAACGUCAGUGCCAGUCCUGACUUUGCAUCCCCCAGCUAGGUUACCGUGCCACAGCAAGUGCUUGGCUCCUCCCUCCGGCGUGAUCCUGCUGGAGAGCUUCGCUGAGAACCUGGUGUAAACGUUUGUGUGGGUCGCUGAUGUAAGGCUUUAGCCGCCUGGAAAAUCUUCAGCGGGUGCUGCUUCAGCAAAGGCGUAAAACUGGUAGCCGUGGACUAUGACUGUUAUUGCCCAUCUGCUCACCCCCCUCCCCCUCCCCCUCCCCAAUGUGGGGGACCGGGCCACGGCUGUGGAUUCUCCAGGAAGAGCCAAAAUGGACUCCGCUGAAUGAUUCAUGUGCGCCGGUUACCGGGCGCACAUCAGAGAGCGGAGCACGUGUGGUGAAAGAGGCGGCUCACGUUGUUGGUGAAGAUGAUGUAAUGGUGUGUUUGUCUGUUCCCUGUGCCGUGGCUAAAAGCUUCAGCUUGGGGGGGGGGGGGGGGGGAGAGAGAACCAAAGCAUGGGGAAUUGCCCCAGGCGUCUCUCCUGUGGGAAGGGGGGGUGGGUGGGGGGAUGACAGAAACAUCCAGACUCAAGAAAUGGACUCAAGUUCACACUUAAUGAAAAUGUAAAUUUUUCUGUAUAACACAGAGUCAGGAGUGGCCGAUGUUCCCUCCUUGUCUAAAUAUCAUCUUGUACAUAAGAAUUAACAACUCCCUUUCUGGCUUACUGAACCUUGUUUUUUUUAGAUUUUUAUAUAAAUAUAUAUAUAUAAUUUUUUUAAAUAUAAUUUUGAUUUUGUUAAGGGUAUUUUCUACAGAUAUACUUGCAUUGAGAAUGGAGGAGAAAGUUAUGAUGGACAGAGCUCCAGGAGUUGUACAUCCCGCUCGUGGGUCUGUUGAUGUCCUUAGCAGUAGUGCCCUGUCUGCUAACUGUUAUGUUCUUGUCUCCCUGUACAUCCAUAGCGUGUACAUGUGAUAAGUGCCUUUGAAAAUAAUUUUAGAGGAACUUGAAACUUGUUCUGCACUGUUGCGUUCUCAUUCCUAAAAACCCUGCGUCAUCCACACGUUCCGCAGGAAUCUGAAUUGAGCGACAGUGGCGCCGUUCUGCAGACCUUAAACAAAUGUAUAGUAAACAAGAAUACUUGCUAACCCACCAUGACAUUGCACUUUUAUGUAUAUGACUGUAUAUUUGGCAUGUAGCAUUAUAGCUGGUUUCUGUACACUUUACAGGUGGCUCCUUACAAUGUUUGGUUCUAAUAAAGGCAGUAGUUGUCUGUCA